AGAAAUAUAAAUAUUUAAAAAAUACCUCGUUUCACAAAUAGUACACACAGAAAAAUUCAGGUCCCCAAUCGUUAUGAACAAUAGGCAGUCGUAUCAGGGCCGUCCACUGUCCUCGCAGAGCACCGACUUCCUGUUCUACCUGCCCGGAGCCCUGCGUCCUGUUCUGUUCCUGUUCUACACCCUGGAAACGAUGUGCAACAUAACCUGCCUGGCCUAUCACAUCUCGGGCUUUCAGACCGUGAAUCUGGAGACCUUUGGCCUGGGUGGUCGGAUCCACGACCUUUAUCUGGGUACCUUCUACUUGUUCCUGGUGCUUACUUCCUUCCAGAGCGUGGCCAUUUGUACGGGUCACACGCCCAAUGUCCUGGUGGAGAUCUACAAGGCCUCGGCGGCCGCAGUAGCCUUCAUCCUGAUUUCCCUGACCACCUUGUGGAAUGCCGAGCGGCAAUCGCACUUGUUUGUGGGUGCCAUCGAUCGAGAACGCUACUCGAUACACAGUGUUUACAAUGAGGACCCGCCCAGUCACCCGAUCUUCAAAUUUAUGAGGGGUCAGUCCAUCUCCUCGCUGUGCUGCGGACUGAUCUACAUGCUCCAUGCGGCCAUCAUGAUCGACGUCAAGUUGACCUCGAGGUUCAACGACCGCGGCAAACACGCCCCCAUCCCCCUUUUCGUCCUGGGUCGGGCUGUUCAUAGCAGGCUAAAUAGGUACGCGUGGUUCCAGGAGUUCUGCGAGAACGACUCCAUUGACAUUUAGAUUUGAAAAAUAGGAAAAGUUGGAACUUAAUAUGUCCUGCUUAGGAUAAUACUGAGCUGCUUUUAUCGAGUCUUAUUUUUAAAUUGUUUAUAUGGCUCUUCGUAAAGAAUUUAAAAAUAGGAUUUAAAUAAUAAA